AUGUGGAGCUGCACAGCGUCAACCGGUUCCAUCCACUCCGUCAGAUGGAAAAGAUUGCCAGCCUGGGCAACCUUCAGUUCCCAGCUUGACUUCGACUUGAAAUCCUAAAGUCCUACCUUCCUCUAUGCAUUUGGUUCAGCAACCGCUUCAAUGAGGUGACAUUUUAUCUACGGAAUGGGCAACCCGGUGAAGUGGAGACAAGACUCAUCGAAAACCAUCUCUCUGCGCAGCGAUCGGAAUCCGUGCAGCCAUCGCGACGAGGCCCGGCCGUUACCGUGUGCCACGGGCCGACUCCAUAUACUGUGGGCCGUAUUUGGUUCACCUGAACAUCGCGGAUACGGUCCCCGGCCGCCGCGCGAACCGCUGUUCUUGAAGCGACUUCAUGGUGUGCAUAUCUACAGUUGCAUGCUUUGCGCAGCAGCUGGGCUGCGGGGCACGCUCUGCCGGCGCCCGAUUCGCCGCCGGAAGAUCCAUCGGGACCUUGGCUCCACCACAAAGGCGUGGAUGACAUCUAGAAACGGGCGAUGUCGGUCUCGGCGGAAAUAAGGCCGGAUGUAGCCUCGCCUGUGAAUUGGACUUUUCCCGGCGUCGGAUGCGACUAUGACAAACAGGAUGGGGCCGUGUGCCGAGUUGAUCUUUGGGG